CACCCCCGUUUUCUUUCUCCCCCAGGGCUGGUUUUCCUACAGUUUCGAGGGGAGACUAAACGCGCGCUGCUCCCCAACGAGAUCACGACCCUGGACACUGUGAAGGCCCUGUUCGUCCGCUCCUUCCCUAACCAGCUGACCAUGCAAUACCUCGACCUGCCCUCCGUCAAGCUAUAUAUUCACGACUCCUCCAAAGACAUGUUCUACGACCUCGAGGACCUGGGGGACAUCAGGGAUCGGUCAGUCCUUCGGGUGUUCGAGGGGGAAGGCGUCAACGGGCAGGGCGGCGCAUGGGACAGCGGAGGUGACCAGUCCUACUUCAGCGAGCCGGAGUAUGAUUCCGACUUCCAGCAGCAACACGUUCACAACAAGACCAAGAGCGGCAAGUCCGGGGGUUACUACAUGACCCACUCCUACCCCCCCGGCGCCCCCCAGCCCAACGCCGGUAUCGCGCCCAUCCCCCGAGGGCCACGCCCACCCUACCCGCCAGCGGGGGGCGGCGCGCCCCCCAAACCUCAGCGGUACGCGGGCGCGCCAGGCGGGCCGCCGGGCGGGCCGCCGCCCCCCAUGAUGGGCGUGAAGGCCGGGCUGCGGCCCGCGGCGCCGCCCCUGGGGCCCCCAGAGGGGCCGCGCCCCCCCCACCUGGCCCGCUCCUUCUCCUCGUACUCGUCCUCGCCGGAGCGGCUGGAGCUGCUCUACUCCUCGCAGGAGCGCAUGCACGGUGAUGGGUACCUGUCUUCGCCCGAGAGGUCACCGCGGCCGUAUGGAGGAGGGGGGCCGGCCUUCCUUACACCCACCCCGAGCUACGAGGAUCCUUACUAUGGGGGCCAGUACCCCUCACGCAGCGGCUCCGUCACGCCCAUCAUCGACGAGGAGGCAAGGUCGGCGUUCUACAGCAUGAGAGUGGAGCAAAUGGAGCGGCAACUCGCCUCCCUGACCGGCCUGGUGCAGAAGGCGCUCCACACGGGGGUCGCCACAUCACCGCGGCCCGACCACAUCCCCCUCGCGCCCCCGCCCGCUGUCGCCGCCGCCGCCGCCGCCGCCAGUGCCCAGGCCGCCAGCGAGAGGGAGAACUCGAAUGCCCAGCGACCGACAAAUGACUUUCUGCAGGUGCCCUCAAAUUCCUCGUACCAGAAAAGCUCAGACGACUCAUAUCUUCGACCCGACACUAAGCCGCCAAAAUUGGGAAAGGGGAGAGAGAAAUCGGUGUCGUUCGAAAAGUCGGUGUCGUUCAGCGAUGACCUCCCCGACCUCAGCACGCCCCCGAAACAGCAUGUCCCAGCAGCCGAGAAACAGCCAAUGAAGCCUGCCAUCAAGUGCUCCACCCUGCCGCGGAUGUCCUCCCAAGUUCCUCCAGCACACGCUUGGCUCUCACCUCCGACACGCAGACGCGAGCUCAAUCAUCGUGUGGCGUCCCUAUCAGACUCGUUGAGGUCAAAUAAUGAGGAGCCCUUGAGAGCGCCAAAGUCCGCUCCCACCCCCACUCCUCCCUCCACCACCACCACCACCACCACCACCUCCCUGAAGCCGUUACCUCCGCCCAAACCUCCCAAUCUGAUGCUCACACGACCGUCUCUUUCGCUACAGAAUUCGACAGACCUUCGGCUCUCCCCGGAGGUGUACAACCAGCUUCGGGUUCUGCAGAAGAAGGCCAAGGAGCUGCGGACGGACGUGAGGAACCUGCGCAAGACUUCCCAGGCCAACGCACUCACUAUGAAGGAGCUCCUGCGGGACACCAUAAGCAAAAUUACGACAGUGCUUCAGUCCAACGAAGAGUGUUUACUGCAGGGGUCCUCGGAUGCGGAAAGAGCGAGGAUACAGCGUGAGGAGGCCUCGUACAGGCAGGAUAUGAACAAGCUGGAUAAAGACCUCUGUGACCUGGAGCUGAAGGUGGAGGAGCUGCGGAACAACGUCAUCAACCGGCGGCUGCGGGUGAACAUGUCAGACGUGGAGAACAUGGCGCUCAUCCUCUCAAGGUCAAGUAAAACGGUGGCAGACCUAAAGACCAAGUUUCCCAUUCUGCAGGACGGCCUCAAGAGUCUCAUAUCGGCCGAGAUGGAGAGAGCGAUUUGCAACGAGAAGUUCCUCAAGGAAGAGCCGGACAAGCUGGAGAGUGCGCUGAGGAGGUGCAAAAAGCUUACUGGCACCCUAGUCACGCUAAAGAGGUUAGCCUCAGUGCAGGAGCAGAGAGUGCCGCCCCCAGGCACUCCUGGCGCCCCCGCGGUCGGUGUGGCCAAUGGGGACCCUAGAGCCACCUCCCCCACCCCCGCCGAGGACAUCCGUUCCUCCGCCACUAAGAGGCUGGCCCGGGAUGUGGGGCCCUGGCCUGAAGCAAAGACUUCACCCCAAGGCGGUCACAGUCCGGCCGGCCGCCCAAACAGUGCAGAGGACAGAGGUGCGGAGAGUCCGGGACCUCCACAGCCCGGUGUUGUCCCGAGCCCUCACCUGGCACACUCCGGAGCCACCGCCGACGGACAGCCGCGCCUUCGUGCAGAGAACGCACUCGACGCUCUGCUAGACGAGCUGCAGACCUUUGCCCAGCCGCCGUCUGAGGCUGGGAGCCGCAAGAGUAGCCUAGAGCCGCCGCUGACACCCCAGAGCACGGCGGCGCCCGCCACACUGACCGCCAGCACUGCCGUCAAGCGGCUGCCAUCCUUCCCAAGCUCAGACUCCCAGUCCUCACCCGUCAAGACGCCGGCCAGCGCCCUGUACCCCGGGGCCGCCAGCACGCUGCCCCGGGCCGCCAGCUCAGCGCCAGCCGCAGCCCCGAGGGAGGAGCCCCGCCAGCCGCUGGGGCUGACUCAGACGGGGCCCAGCACUGGCCUGGUAGGGGGUGAGCACCGCCUGCCGCCGCCCCCGCCGCCACGCACCUCGUCCCGCUCACCCAUGCUGUCACCCACGUCACCCAUCGGGCCGGCGGGCCGGGCAGUGUCCUUGCCGCCUGGCGGUCUGGUGGCCACCAUGGUGGGUGGGGUGCUGAGGAACGCCGAAGGCCGGGAGCUGUAUGGGCCGGUGCUGAGGCAGCGGCCACCCCUGGGCCGAGGCUCCUUCAGCGAGGACUCAACCGCCUCCUCCGCCUCCACCAACAGCUCCAACAGCAGCGCCAAGGCCGGCCAGCUGUCCUCCAACAGCAGCAGCACCGAGAGCGUCAACUCCCAGGAGGGGGCGGCACCCCCCCGGCCACUCAGCACCAGCGGGCCGCCCCCCACGCCGCCCCCAAAGCAGCGCCAAGAGAACCUGGAGGCACGCCAUCUGGAGCUUCUGCGGCGGCAGCGGCAGCUACAGGAGCAGUACCAGCGGCUGCAGUCGCUGCAGCGUAGUGGCGGCCGCCCGACGCCAGCCAACAUUGACCUCAAGAAGACGGGCAGCGAGAGUAACCUUACGGCACGCCUCGGCCUGUCCCUGGCCCCGGCGCCCCCCCACGGCUCCCUCUCCAACCUCUCCUCCUCCACCAACACCCACACCAACACCCUCCCCAACCCCAAGACCUCCUCCGCCGCCCUCUCAGCGGGCAACGGCAGCUCGGCCUCGCGGCGCGCCACCGUGGGUCUGGUGGAGACGGACAUUCUCUGAGUCGCCGCCGCCGCCGCCGUGCCCUCAGGGAUGUGUACAUAUGUACAGUUCACACACACGCGCCCCAUCGAGACAGUCAGCAGUUGAGUGCUCGUUAUGCAGAACCUUCCUUCACUGUUCUUGUCACAAAGUCAUGUUUGUUGGUGUUACCGGGAGACUGCGGUCCCCAGACUUUCCGACGCCGUUACGUCAAUCAAAAUGGGUCCUGGCCCGCCAGCGCUAGGCUCGGCAGGGACGGUCGCGUGGGGCUGUGCACUCGGCCAGACUGUCCAGGCCUAGGUAGAGUUGGAUACAAUGGUUGCUCAAGAUGGUGGCGGGCCAGGGAGGGGGAGGCAGGGGGUCCCUGUGCCCCGCCCCUGCCCUGUUGGGCCCGCCCGUAAAAGUGAAAUUUACACCAACCCAGCAGACACCCACACACACACGUCUGUGUCUGAGGAGCGGCAGCAGCUCUGGUUUACAAGGCAACAAGGAAUCUAAAUCAUCCCUAAAUUAGUCUUAAUUAUCUCCACUAUUUACUCACUCAAUGCCCGAGGGUUUCUGCGAGCCAAAGAAUGGUGGCACUCUGCUUGGGAAUGUGUUCAAUACUACCUUUGCAAAAUAUUAGCAAAAAUUACCCCAUUCAUUAAGAUUUCCAAUAAAAUCCCAUUUACUCCUGGCCUGAGGGCCAGGGUGGAGUGCGUAGAGGCUGCAGCUCCUGAGUGGACAGAACUGUGUGCCGUCAUUCCUGAAGGAAACGCUCAUGUACAUAAGAUUUAUAAAAAGAGUCGCACACGUUCUAUGUAUUUACUGUAUGUAUGUCCUAAGUUCUGGGGGUGCUCUAUGCCUCCUCUCCUCCGGUUGUGUUGAGCGGCGGUGCAGCGCGUGUUGGCCGCCGGACACAGCCUCGUUGAUGGCAGGAGGGGCACCAGAGCUCCUGUGAUGGCAUUCAGGCUGGGACCAACGCACUCUCCCACUUUACCGAUGCCAAACCUUCAGAGAAUGGUGGAAUCAUUAUUACUUUGACACUUUUCUUGUUUUCCUGGGAUUCACUUGCAUAGUUUUUAGUGCCGCCACUAAACGAAUAUUGCUAACUAGUAUUUUGUCUCAAAGUACCCUUGCACACUUCCGUGGAUGUGUUGGAGUGAAAAAGAGUAAUAAUAUAUUUCUAGACAAUAAAAGGGAAGGCCUACCCAGCUCCAGGCACCACAAGUCUGCCGCACGGUGUCGGCCGGGCUUGUGGCGCGCUGCCGCUGCCGCCAUGGCCGUCAAAAGUGUGGGUGCUCACGGCGGAGGCAGCGGGUGUCCUCCAGGGUCAGCCCGAGUGCUGCCUCACCAGGACUCUGGUGCCACAGUCGGGCUAUUUAGCCUCAGGUUACUCAGUAUUAAUCAGAGAAUAACCCUAUGUGUUCCCUCGGCGUGGUGAAGGGCAGGAGUCGGGCGCGGUGCUGGGGGCGGCAGCUUCACUACGUUUGUGUUCUGUUUCUCGCCGCUGACACCCCCAGCAGCGACGCCUGACGAGGACGGCCCUUUAGGCUACUUCAUUGUUGAUAUUUAUUUAUUAUUGUUUAUCUCAAGAACAAGCAACACAAUCUUAACUCGAGAGAAAACUUGCGUAUACUAAUUACAAUGACUAAUAGCAAUUACGUCAAGGCAACUUUCACAUCGUCUCGUAGCUUUUGAUAUCAUUUCCUAAACCAUAAUGGAACUUGUAACUUACAUGUGUUUGAUAACUUGAAUAUUUGUGUAGCUGCAUACUUCAGUACAAUAACAUCAAGAACAAUAAUGGCAACUCUCGUAACGAGUCUCACACGUGCAUUCGAGCUGUCUCUCAAGGCUUCGUCGAGACAGCCGGGCAGACAAACCCUUCCAUGGGAGCUGCUUACGGUGACCCCAUGACCUGCCAACACACACACCUUCAGACCAGCGAGACCACUGCGACACACACAGACCCAAGACUCCUUCAUCCUUGUCUCCUUCUAGUCAUGCAACUCGGCAAGGCUGUGCACAUGACCCACUCAGCCACUCUACAUGCCGUGUGGCGCGCCGUGUUCGCCGCCCACACACCAAAACACUCCAGAAGCAAGUGAUGGCCACGGUCAGUUGGUAUUCGUUCUGUGCCAAAACAAACCAAAAUCAACGAGUCAGUCUUCAAUGUGUGAGUGCGAGGGAAAAGAGAGAAACGAAGGGACACGCGAGCUGGGGGAAAGACAAUGCCCUGAGCAGCUGCCAUGUGAAUAAGCAAUAUUUUGUACGCUUGUCCGACGCGAAUUUGAGCAACAAUCAGUGUUAUCUACCUCUGUGACUGACCAGUGCUCCUCCACCUGUGACGAGUGACUCCGCUACCGCGACACGGAGAGCAGGGACAGGGACGAGUACCAAGCAGCAGCAGCAGCAGCCAGCCGUGCAAGAACCACUUUACGUUUCCUGGGAGGCUGCUGCAAGAAAACUCAUAUCACAACUUUAAUUUUUUUGUAUUUUGUGAGAUAAAAACCAACUUUUGGCCAUUUUGAUGUAUCAUCUCGACGAGUUCUUUCUCCCGCUCCCCCAAGGUGGUUUGCUUUCCCCUCGUUUGUUGUGUUUCGUUCGCUCGCUGGCGUACAUGGACUGGCAACGUGGAGUUUUAUCGUUUCCGUGGCAUAGCUAGGAUUCUGCCAGGGUUUAUGUUUAUCAGUGUGCUGCUUCCGAAAAAAAGAUAUACAGUAAGGGCCAGUUCGACAGUCCAACACCGAGUCAUUGUAAGCGCCCAAACCAAACUAUAUUCUCCACAAUGAUUCAUUAUUUCUACUCAAUGCCAGAUGCUAAAGAGAUUCCCUGUGUGGUUUCCUAUAAUUUCCUCCUUUUUAUAUCGACGCCAAACACUAGAGCUUUCGUACAAGGAAUUUUCGUCUUAUUUUGUGUUUGGUUGGGGGGCUUAUAAAUUUGCUGUACUGGACUAUAAAACUGGCCCUAAGUCUUUGGCUCACACCGCUGAUCUUCACGUACUGCCAAUGGCCUCCGCUUGAGUGGUGUGUGAGGCUGCGGAUGAUGCCUUGUGUGGAGCCUAAUGCGAUGGUGGUCCUCGGGGGCCCUCGAUGUCGUCUGCAGGGCAAGCAACGUACCAUGCUGGACGUGAAAAUAAGCGGCGCGAGUCAACAGCUUCCUAUAUUCCUCAGUCCCAUAGGUGCCUAGAAUGACGACGACCAUGUGACCAGCCAAGCCUGCACGCCCACAGCCACCCGCACCGCCCUCUCACCCCCCCUCAGGCAAUGUGUGUAGGAGAUUGAUGAUAAUUAUAAUUGGGCCAACACACAUGCCUACCACUUGCCUGAACCCCCCACCCAGUUAUUACUAAGGGAAUUCAUAUAAGUUUUUGCUCACUGUAUAGUGUUGGCUAUUCAUACCUGGAAAAGACCCAAAAACUAAGAGGCAGACUUAAAUUUGUCAAGUUAAGCCUCAAAAAUUUAACUAUCACUGUUAGCCAUACAGUAGACAAGGGGACAUAAGUUAGGCCUUCAAGACAACCUCAGAUAUUAAAUUUAUUAUCAUGAUCAUGAAUUAAUAAGCUGAAAGGAAAACUUCAAGACUUCAAUACAAGCUGCCAGUAUGUGUGACUUAUCAUUGUUUACGUGGCAGGUACAGGAACUUAGAGACAAACCUUCAAAAUCUGCUACCAUUACCAUUAAAGACAAAGCUGCUAUGCUACAUUGAUUUGAUUUUUUUAAAGUACGAGUUGUAGUAUUGGUAAUUGUAAUGUGUAGCGAUACAGAGAAAGUGCAACGUCAUCGAUGAACCUUCUCAGCUGCCUAAUUCUGUCAUCAUUUCUUGUGUCAUUGUUAGUUAUUUUGUAUGUCAAUUAAGUAAUGCAAGCUGCCUAUUCCCCAGCCUUCUGAACUUUGUCUAAUUUGGCACAGUUGUUUUAUGGCCCCUGCUGGUAAACACAAACAGGCAGAUUCCAGCAUCCAAGGAGUAUCAGGAAGAAAGGCCAUGUCAGUAUCCUAAGUGAGCACACAGACAUACAAGCAAAUAAGUUGAUGUAAGAUUGCUACUAUUUUCAACAAGUUACCUGUGUGCAAGUGACUGUGGUGGGUCGGCUUACUAUGCAACUUUCCUUGGUAAAAAUAGAGAAACAAGUAAAUCAAUCCCUAGCAGAUUCAGGCAAGGAAUGGAAUAUACAUUAUCAAGUAAAAUGAGCAUCUACAAAAACAGUACAAUGAGCAUUACCAGUAAAAAAAUAAUAGCAAGCAUAAUGAACUACUGUACUCGGAUGUGUACCUAACGGACAACACCCUAACGCAUAAUGCAUGACAACGGGAAGCAACGAAUGAAGGGGGAGGAAACACCCCCAGCCCAAGGCCCCGCCCUGACAAUCAAACAGUCCCCCAGGCCAGCGGUCGGUGCAGGCGCGGCCGUGGGCGUGCAGCCGGCCACUCCGGGUAGCAAAGUUUCACUCUUCCUGCCGCCUCUGCUUCACCUUCAUGUUUUUCGCCUUAUUGAAUAGUCAAUAAAUUUAUCAAUUUAAAAAAAGCCUUCACAAAAUAGUGUUGAAAUAAUGCAUGGAUAGAUAUUGAGUUGAUUUUUUUGUAACUUAAAAUUUCUGUACUAUAAAUAUGCAUAUAUUGUAAUUUUAUAAGGAGUCCUAACUCCUGGGGAGGCGUGGCGAGGCCCGGCCACACCCGCCGCAGUGGUGUGGCCAGGCAGCGAGCAGCACAGCGCUGGCGUCAGGGUUCCCAGGCGAGGCCGGAGGCAAAGGUGCAGCCAAGAAGCCACAGGGAAGCAGAGAAGCUCGAACAAAGCAUAUUUACUGUUGUGUUUCAUAACUAAAGCAAGUGUUAAAAAAAUAAUAAAUGAACGUUCCAUGUCUGUCACACUCUUGUGUCUCAUAUCUUGUUUUUCCUUAUCACAGGGUUAACAGUUUUCAACUUUUGUUUUUCUUUAUUAAAACUAGGCUUAAGAGUUCUUUCUCGAUGAGGUAACGAAUAAAUUGUUCACAAGGACCCACCGUGAGAGCUGUCAUGAGAGGCUUGAGAGAGCUGGUACGUGUACUAUAUGUCCUGUUAAUCUUAUUUCAAUGAUAAAAAGAUAUGUUUGCCACAAAUAAAGCUGCAAUUACA